AAAGCCGCCGCAAAAAGGAGCCGCGAAGCUGACGUCGACGGUCGGCACUGUAUUUUAUCUCUUUUUAAUCCUGCCCUCCCUCCCAUCUGUCUCUUCUGCGUUCUCUCCACCUCCGAUAAAAGUGUUCCGCUGUUGUCGAGCGGCAGUCAGUGCACGGAUAACUACGGAGGCGAUAGGUUGUUUUGAAAUUCGGCACGCACUGUUUUGAACUCUCAAGACGAACUCCUCGGAGCAGCUGUGUUUUGCAAACAAAGGAGGCCUCUGCAAACUGCACUUUUCGUCCCGUCUCACGUUCGUCUAAAAGGCAACGCCACGGAUUCGCCAGACGUCAUGCCGCAGCAAAGCCCCGAUGUCGUGUUGUCGUACGGCCUAGGCUCCUUCGUCCCCGCUUGCGAUCUCCACCCGAAGGCGGGCGAUCUGAUCGAGAUCGACCGGACCUUGUACGCUCACUGGGCCCUGUGCGUGGGCAACGGCAACGUGAUCCACGUGGUGGGACGCAACGAGGAGGAUAUUCCGACGGACUUUGCCUAUGUGCACCUGAGCAAGCUCACCGACGUGGCUGGCUACAGCGGCGUGCGCGUCAACAACAAGGUGGUGCGGGCCAAGGAACGCGGACUGCUGCCGUCGUCUCCCGCCGAGAUCCUCGAGAGGGCGUGUAGCAUGCUCGACCGGGAAGUCGAGUUCAACUUCCUCACCCGCAACGGAGAGUACUAUGUCACGCUGUGGAAGUUCGGCCACGGAUGGAGCGACCAGGCCGACGUUACGUUGAGUGUCAUGAAACCUCUGGCCAAGAACCUCCAAGUGGGCCACACCACCUUCCUGACGAGCCUGCAAGCCGUUUUCGGCACGCCGACGUCGGGAUCCAUCACCAGGAUCGCACCGCGGUCGCCGAGGACGCCGCAGAAGACGGCAGCUCCCGCAAGCGUUGCGUGAGCACGAACGAACCUUGUGCCAGACUGCCUCACCCGAAGAGACUGAUUCCACUUGAACGCUGCGUGUGUAUGUGUGUGGGAUGUUUGAGGAACGGGUCAUCGAACCUUUUGGCACGUAUGUCUUUUUUUUUUUUUUUUUUUUUUUUUCUUCUUUGCCGAUUUGUUAGAGAAAAUGGAAUGAAGAGCGUGUCUUGGGCGAUUGUUUAGGGUAUCUUUGAAGGUUUUGACACGAGACAGCAUCUGAACCCAUAUUUCGAGUCUUCGCAAUUUGAAAUGCGGCACAAAAUUUCAGUUGCGACGGGUUAACUCUUUUUGUUAGGCUCUUGUGAAGGUGGAAUGGGUAAUGCCAUCUCAUCCCAUUUCGUAAAAAAAAAAAAAAAAAAAUCCUAACGCGCAACAGGGAGCAAUGUCCCCAUGAUAUGGAUCUCGUCGGGGCACUGUGCCUAAGUAGUUGAGUUUCGGCAGCUCGUGUUACAAAAAUGGUAUAAAUCACAUCUUUUUUUUUUUUUUUUUUUUUAACGAUGACAUGCGAUUUAGGGUUUCAGACGAAAAAGCAAGUUGCUGUCUUCCUAGUCAUCCAUCAGUAUGCGAAUGUUAAUUUAAAGGCAGGAUCUCGUGCAUUUUCACUUUGCAAAGAGUUUAGCUUCCUAGCAAAUUUUGUUCCUUCAAUUUUUUCUAGUUUUUUUACAAACCAAGCAAUACAAAAGAGCGCUAAAUGCAUAAAAUAAUCAAAAUACCUUUUCUUUUUUUGUUGUUUUCGUAGCCCGAAUUUUACCCGGCUGCUCAACAGAUUGAAAAUGGGGUGGUUAGGAUCGAGCGUCUUUAUUCAAAAUGCUCUUCCCUGAACCUUCACAUGUCAUCGUCAACUUUCUUCUUGCCCUAGCAUUGUACAUGUUUCGUAAAUUUCUGAGCGUUGUACAUAGCGGCGACUAGCGCUAGGCGUUGCGCGUGGAUUGCACAAGAACGACCCCGUGCUGAAACUGGGACACAGGCAACUUGAUAUUGCCGGGCGCAAUAUCGUUUUGAGACCAAUCUUUUCUUUCAUUAUUUUUCUUUUUGUAUCCCGAGAGAUGCCCUUCUCUUUCGCGCGCCGUACCACACUCUACAAGUGCUUAUAGACGGCUCUACCGUUUCUUUUGACCGGUGCCGCAGUAUUUCAUUCAACGACUCCCUGCAUGCGAAAUUCCACGCGGUAAUCGAACAAAAAUCAAAACACUCACGCGCGUCAAGGACUUCUGAGAUAACCGCCAUAAAGAAUCACUGCCACUAUUAUUAUUAUUUAUUAUUAUCACCCGAGCAAGGAUCUGAGCUAUCCUUGUAGCAACGUCCAGAAAAGAAGGGGAAAAAAUCGAAAUUUGCGGUUAGGAUUUGACAAUUCGUGCUUCAGGUCUCUUAAAUUGACCGAGGCAUAGACCAAUAAUUCCACAGAUAAUUCGUACAUUUUGUGUUUGAAAUGUCGCAGUUUGUGAGAGCCCAACGGUGGUUUCCAUGUUUUGUUUCUUGAAGAUGGCUCCCCCUUCAAACACCUGUUCCGCUCGUUAAAUCAUCUGUUAUUGCGGGGCAUUUCCAAAUUCUUGUUUUUGUGUUAUUUUUGUUACCCGCAAUGUUAUCGCGAAGCUUUACAUACGAUGUGCCUUGCGCAUUUAGUGAGAAACUUGCUUCCAACGUUGAACGAAAGUCGUUGCUGUUAGCCAUAACUUUUUUUUUUUCCACGCAGAAGCGAAGUUUUUUUGUUUUUUUUUCCUGCCGUUUUUGUGAGUGAGAAGUGAGAGAAUGUUAUAUAAUAUAUUUUCAUCUGUACAUAACGUCUGUUCACCAUUGUCACCGUGUCAUUUACCUCUUUUGUACAUAGCUUAUUAGCGAUCUCGUUCGAGUUGUUGUUGUUUCGAGGUUCAGAAACAAUAAAAGAUACGUUACUUCCAAUGAA